AUGUUAGAUAUAUAAAAUACAAUAAAUACAAUAGACUAGUUACUUAUAAAUAAUUAAUUUGACCCUACCUAUUAAACAAUUUCAUUUGAUGAUAAAAAAUUUGAUCGUUUUAAGUAUUCAAAGAGAAAACAUCAACAAGAAAAUAUUGAGAAAACAUUAUAAUUUUUAAUUUCAAAAUAUGAUAAAUAUCCUUUAGUUUUGGAACUAUUUUUGUUUGAAAAAAUACAUGAAAUGAGAGUCAACUUAUAGAAUUGGACAAACCUAGACUUGGAUGAGAGUUAAGAAGAAAAAAAAUAUUUAACUUUGUUAUAAAAUUAUGAAAAAAAAAAUCAAUAAUUAUCUAAAGAUGCUUUUAUCUUAAUCACUAAUUUGAUUGAUGGUUAAUUGAAAGUUAAUUUGGAGCCGUUUUAUAAAUUUGAAAUGAGCUAGUCUUUAAAAUAAAACUUAAUUGACUAAAUAAUGGGAUUUAAAAUAUUCAAGUACUUUGAAAAUUCUAGAAAUAUAUAUAAAUGUGUUAAAACAGAUUUUUAUAAUAAAUUGCUAAUUGAUCAUGCAGUUCCAACCAUAAUUAAUUAUGUUUUCGAUUAUAUCAAACUACAAAUUCUGAUCCUUAUUAGUGAGUUAAUUUGA